AUGAAGACCGUUAUCGUUCCGCUUGUUGAGCAAAAAUUUUCUGGUUGUAACUGUUUCCAACCUGGGCAUAGGUUCGAAGCAGAAUGGUGUCUUGACUUGUAUGGAUUUCUUAAUCGUACCGAAUAUGCUGGUAAACUGAGUGAAAUUAAUAAGAUUGUUCAAGACCAUUCGUUGUUAAGCGCAAAGGCAAAGACAUACUUCACGUACGCUGCCACAGGACUGUGCGUGUUCAUCAUUGUAGUCGCUCUCCUGAUUACAUUUGCUGCCGGAACACUUGAUGGCAUAUAUAAUAGUGCUAUGGUCACUACUGUACUCUUAUUUGUACUUCUGCUCGUAAUUCCGAUAGGCCGAUUAAUAAUUGAUAACAUGGCAAAGUCUCGUGCAGCAGCGUUUACCCAGGCCGUGAGAGUUGUGCUCGAUAAAUACAAUGAAGAGAACUACCCAACUGCUAACUGGAGGCUUGCAUGGCGUAAAGUUUUCACCCAUUAUAGCAUAAAAAGCACCGGUCACACUGAGCACAAUUUACUUAAUCAUCAUAGACUUACGACGAAAACUAAAGGAAGGUCCACACCAAAAUACGCCGAGCAUGCAGAGUUAAUUAUUGAAAUUCAUGAUGGACUAUCCGCUCGUACCGCUCACACUAUUACAGUAAAUAUUAAACCCGAUCCUCCAGCGUCCAAAGAAAUGCCGCCCACGAAAGUUUCUGCAGACUCUGCUAUCAACACUACCAAUGGCUCCGAUUAG